CCUGCGCUGUCGCCAUCUUAACAUAGGGCAUUCGCGACGGCUGCAGGCCCCAGUGAAGUGUCUAAGGGACUUUCUUGGUUGAGGGCGGAAGUGAGGACUCUUCGCACAGGUGGAACCCACAGAUUUUCCUGGACCCACGUGGAAGCGGCGCUCAAGAUGCUGCGCCGCGAGGCCCGCCUGCGCCGCGAGUACCUGUACCGCAAGGCCCGCGAGGAGGCGCAGCGCUCGGCCCAGGAGAGGAAGGAGCGGCUGCGGCGCGCACUCGAAGAAAACCGCCUGAUUCCCACUGAGUUACGCCGGGAAGCUCUGGCCUUACAGGGGUCCCUGGAGUUUGAUGAUGCUGGCGGUGAAGGCGUGAUCAGCCACAUGGAUGAUGAAUACCGAUGGGCAGGAGUUGAGGAUCCCAAGGUCAUGAUCACUACCUCCCGAGACCCCAGUUCCCGCCUCAAGAUGUUUGCAAAGGAGCUGAAGUUGGUGUUCCCGGGAGCCCAGCGAAUGAACCGAGGUCGACAUGAAGUGGGGGCGCUGGUGCGAGCCUGCAAAGCCAAUGGCGUGACCGACCUGCUGGUCGUCCAUGAGCAUCGAGGCACACCUGUGGGGCUCAUUGUCAGCCACCUGCCCUUUGGCCCUACUGCCUACUUCACGCUGUGCAACGUGGUCAUGCGGCAUGACAUCCCAGACCUGGGCACCAUGUCGGAGGCCAAGCCCCACCUCAUCACACACGGCUUCUCCUCCCGCCUGGGCAAGCGGGUCUCUGACAUCCUCCGAUACCUAUUUCCUGUGCCCAAAGAUGACAGCCACCGGGUCAUCACCUUCGCAAACCAGGACGACUACAUAUCAUUCCGGCACCAUGUGUACAAGAAGACAGACCACCGCAACGUGGAGCUCACUGAGGUCGGACCCCGCUUUGAGCUGAAGUGCUCCAAGAGUUAGUGUGGAUGACAUAUCUCUUGAGCGGGCCAUUUGCCUCACCACCUAUCCGCAUAACCACCUUCAGUGGCCAUAUGUGCUGUAUACCUGUAAGUGACUCAGCCGCCAACUCAGUCAUCACGUCGAUAGAUCACAAAAAGAGAAAGGGUGAGUACCAUCAUACAACAGGAUACUUGGAGAAAGAGACCCUAUUUACAUUACUUAUUACAGCAUAUUGUUAGAGUCGUUCUACUCCAUUACUGUUAAUCUCUUCCUGUGCCUCAUUUAUAAUCCACAGUGUCAGGCAUCCACAGAGGGUCUUGGAACUUAUCCCCCAUGAAUGAGUAGGGACUAUAAAAGAUGUGAGGAAGGACUGUGAAUAUUGUUGUGUGGUAUUAUGGCUUUACUGUGGUUUACUUUAGAAAAUCUUACUUUUUAGAGACAUAUGCUGAAGUAUUUGGGUGUGAAAUAUCAGCUGGGUACUUGCUUGAAAAUGCUUCAGCAGAUGGGGGGAAAGUAGCCAAAGCAAAAUACUGUCAGACUCAGGUAACUCAUAUAGGGAGUUUGUUCCUAUCCCUAUGUGUAUUUUAGAGUUUUCAUAAUAGGGAAUUAAAAGGAGAUAAUUAAAUAAUUUUUAAUUUGAUAUUUAAUAUUUUUGUUUCAAACUAUUUAAAAUACUCAAGAAGUUCCCAGUGGAGCCCUGCCAACCAUAAUGGUGGUUGGAAGCCACCAAGUGGUGAGCCAAGGGAGGAUGGAGUGUGUUCCACCUCUGAGUAUUUCAGAGUUUUGGGAGUGAGAAUAUAUUGUUACUUAAACCCGAAAAAAGUAAAAAUGAAAGCACAGCAUGAAGUGCGUUUUAGACAUAUCCGUGGACCACUGAAUUGGCUCCAGUCAGCUGUCCAGUGUUCUUCCCUAGGGUACACUCCUAGAAGCAGAAUUUCUGACCCAAAGAGAUGCAUACAUCUAAGCCUUUUGAACUACCAGAGUUUUUAGCAUGAGAUUGUUCCCUCUCUCUAAUUGGCAGGCAUGAAAAAGUCUGAAUAAGGUUGGUAAAGGUACGGAGAUGGCCAGGCACGGUGGCUCACGCCUAUAAUCCCAGCACUUUGGGAGGCUGAGACGGGUGGAUCACAAGGUCAAGAGAUCGAGACCAUCCUGGUCAACAUGGUGAAACCCCGUCUCUACUAAAAAUACAAAAAUUAGCUGGGCAUGGUGGCACGUGCCUGUAGUCCCAGCUACUUGGGAGGCUGAGGCAGGAGAAUUGCUUGAACCCAGGAGACGGAGGUUGCGGUGAGCCGAGAUCGUGCCACUGCACUCCAGCAACGGGUAAAAAGAGCAAAACUCCGUCUCAAAAAAAAAAAAAAAAAACGGAGAUGAGGUUGUAAUAGGUCCAGAA